GCUGGAGGACGGUAUAAAGCUGAGUCUUUGUUGGAGAAGAUCCACACGCUCCAGAGACUCCAGCAGCAGCCAUGGACCACCUCCCAAAGGAACAGCGCCGUGCUCCGGCAGCCACCAAGUCCAAGUCCAGGAAGAUCAUCAAGCACUUCACGGACGUGCAUGGACUGCCGUGCAUCGAGAAGAUCGUGAGCUCGGUGGAGGACACCCCCGAGCCCAUCGGCACCGACAUCACAGGCAGCAUCCCGGUGUGGAUCCGAGGGAGCUUCCUGAGGAACGGGCCCGGCAAGUUCGAGAUUGGAAACCAGAAGUUCAACCACUGGUUCGACGGCAUGGCCCUGCUGCACCAGUUCAAGAUAGCCGAGGGCAGGGUGACCUACAAGAGCCGCUUCCUGUCCAGUGACAGCUUCACGGCCAACAAGGAGCACAACCGCAUCGUCGUGUCCGAGUUCGGCACCAUCACCAUGCCGGACCCCUGCAAGAACUUCUUCCAGCGCUUCCUCUCCCGAUUCGAAUUGCCGAAGCCCACGGAUAACGCCAACGUGAGCUUUGUGACCUACAAAGGUGAUUAUUACGUCAGUACGGAGACCAACAUCAUGCACAAGGUGGACCCUGAAACCCUUAAGACCACCAAGAAGGUGGACUGGAGCAAAUUCAUCGCGGUGAACGGAGCGACCGCUCACCCUCACACGGAACCCGAUGGCACCACCUACAACAUGGGGAACUCCUACGGCGCCAAAGGAGCGAGCUACAACAUCAUCAAAGUGCCGCCCACCAAGGCGACCGCCGAGGACACCCUGGAGGGGGUUUCCGUGCUAUGCUCCAUUCCCUCGUCGGACAAGAGCAAACCGUCCUACUACCACAGCUUUGCGAUGUCCGAGAACUAUGUUGUGUUCAUUGAGCAACCCAUCAAGAUGGACCUGUUGAAGAUUGUGACGGGGAAGCUGAGGGGGAAGAGCAUCAGCGACAGCUUCCUGUGGGACCCGACCCUCAACACCAUCUUCCACCUGAUCCACAAGCAGACGGGAACGGUGAGCGCCGUCAAGUACCUCGCCAAGCCGCUGUCGACCUUACACCAGAUCAACGCCUAUGAGGAGGACGGCUUCCUGGUCCUGGACAUGUGCGCUUCAGACGACGGCGAGGCAAUCAACAACUACAACGUGCAGAACCUGCGCAAGUCUGGAGAAGCCCUUGACGAGGUGUACAACACCUUGUGCAGGGUCUUCCCACGGCGGUUCGUUCUGCCGCUGAAUGUGGACCAAGAGACGCCCUACGGCAGGAACCUGAACCCGAAAGGCAGCGCCACUUCUGUGAGAUUCGCCAAGAACAAGGUCUUCUGCACCCACGAGGACCUCCACGGAGAGGAUUUGAGUGAAUACGGAGGUCUGGAGUUCCCUCAGAUCAACUACACCAAAUACAACACCCGCCCCUACCGCUACUUCUACGGCUGUGGCUUCAGACAUCUCGUCGGAGACUCGCUGAUCAAGAUGGACCUCAGCGGGAAGCGCAUGAAGGUGUGGGAGGAACCCGGGCUGUAUCCCUCCGAACCCGUGUUUGUGCCAUCACCUAACGCCACGGAGGAGGACGACGGCGUUAUCAUGUCUGUGGUCAUCACGCCCAAUAAGGACAAGAGCACAUUCCUUCUGGUUUUAGAUGCCAAGACCUUUGCAGAGCUGGGCCGAGCCGCCGUGCCCGUCAACAUCCCCUACGGCUUCCACGGCACGUUCAGCGCCACGGCGUAAACGUGGGGAUCACACGAGAGGAAAGCAGUUAUGGACUAUGUAAAAAUAGUCCGUCUCAAAGUUGUUUGAGGUCACUGCCCAGAUAUGAAUGUAUAGAUUGAAUGAAAAAAAAAAUUGUAUUCAUUUUGUAACUGUUUUGUAAGUAACUUUUGACUUUUGAAACGUUUUUUUAAACAUUUAUAUUAAAAAUACAUGUUAACGUGAGGGUGGCUGGUAUGAGGGGCUGAGGAUCAAGAACAGUGCGAGGACGAAAGUAAAAGCUCAGCUGGAGUUCAGCGAAUCUUUAUCGCGUCCGUGUUUCCCAAGGAGCUGAUAAAGUGAGCGCACAGCUCCGGCUCGGUGCCAACAUGCACAGCAGAGUGUGUGUGAAUACUUUUAUUGAUUAAUGGAUCACAAGCGAUAAUAAUGAUAAUAAUGUACAUCUUUAAAAGCAUGCAUGAAAUGUUAAAUAAAGAAAACUUCCCUCAAACAUU